GAUCAAAACAGAAAGAAUGUGCAAGAAAAGAGAGGAAAGCAUUACGUUGGCCAUCGACAGAGACAAAGAGAGCCAGAACGCUUUAAAAUGGACAGUCGACAACCUUGUUAGCAAAGGACAGACUGUUACUCUUCUUCAUGUCAAACUCAAACAAUCAUCUUCGCUUCCUUCGGGGAAUAAGUCAAGUGAUGAUGGCGCAGAAUUGUUUCUUCCAUUUCGCUGCUUCUGUGCUAGGAAAGACGUCCUCUGCCAAGACGUGAUUGUAGAGGACAUUAGUGCGGCUAAAGGAAUACUUGACUUUGUGCAGAAGAAUGCAGUCGAGACGCUAGUACUCGGUGCAUCCAAGAUGACUCUUUUAAGAAGGUUCAAAGCACCGGAUGUUUCAAGCACUGUCAUAAAAAGGGCACCUAGCUUUUGCACAGUAUAUUCAAUCUCUAAAGGAAAAAUAUCUUCCAUGAAAUCUUCGACAUCUUCACUUCCGAGUUCCACUAUGCGGCAGCGUGUACAAACUAUAAAGAGCAAUAUGAAUGUUGAAAGGAGGCAAAGUACAAUGCAACGAACACAUGACGAGAUCGAGAUCAAAAGAGGAUACGAAGGCACAUACCAGCCCUCGAUGAUGGACUCCGAUAUAUCGUUUGUGAGUAGUGGAAGACCUAGUGUGGAUCUUAUGUUCCCUUCCUUUCAUGACCAUGCUGCUGUUCCGCACCUCUCACUCAUCUCUGAUUACGAAGAAAAUCGAAUUAGUUAUGCGACAUCAUGCUCGUCAGAUAAGCAGUCAAUAGAUAUUGGUUCUUCAUAUGCAGCAUUUUCAUCAAGCUCCCUUGGAAGUGGGAGACAAUCAUGUUCACUAUCGCGCCAAGAUGAGAUGGAAGCCGAGAUGAGAAGGCUGAAAAUGGAGCUAAAGUAUACAAUGGACAUGUAUAACACUGCCUGCAAGGAAGCAAUUUCUGCAAAGAAUGCGGCUACUGAGUUACACAAGUGGAAAGCAGAUAAGGAACUGAAAUUAGAAGAGGUAAGACUUGCUAAGGAAGCAGCAAUGCAAAUGGCGGAGAGUGAGAAAGAAAAAAGUAGAGUUGUUAUGGAAACUGCAAUGGCAUCUCACAGAAUAGCAGAAUUUGAAGCUCAAAAAAGAAAGCAUAUUGAAACCGCAAAAGAAAAGAAGAGGGCGACGAGUUCUUUGGGGAAAAAUGAUUUCAGAUACAGAAAAUACAUAAUCGAGGAGAUUGAAGAAGCGACAGAAGAUUUCUCUCCCAGUCGCAAGAUUGGAGAAGGAGGUUAUGGACCUGUUUACAAAGGAUCACUAGAUUAUACACAAGUGGCAAUAAAAGUUCUAAGACCAGACGCGGCACAAGGAAGGUCUCAGUUCCAGCAAGAGGUUGAAGUACUAACAUGUAUGAGACAUCCAAACAUGGUUCUCUUACUUGGAGCCUGUCCGGAAUAUGGAUGUUUAGUAUACGAAUACAUGGCAAAUGGUAGCUUAGAAGACUGUCUGUUCAGACGAGGAAACUCUCCAUUUCUUUCUUGGCAGCUAAGAUUUCGUAUAGCAGCUGAAAUCGCAACAGGUCUGCAUUUCCUCCACCAGAUGAAACCAGAGCCUUUGGUUCACCGUGACCUUAAACCGGGAAACAUUUUACUUGACAAGCAUUUCGUCAGCAAGAUUUCUGAUGUUGGCUUGGCUAGGCUAGUCCCUCCAUCUGUUGCAGACACUGUAACACAAUAUAGAAUGACAUCAACAGCCGGAACAUUCUGUUAUAUAGAUCCAGAAUACCAGCAGACCGGCAUGCUGGGGACUAAAUCAGACAUCUACUCGUUCGGGAUUAUGCUUUUGCAAAUACUUACAGCUAAGCCACCAAUGGGUUUGACACAUCAUGUUGAGAAAGCAAUCCAAAACGGAAAAUUCGUCGAGAUGUUAGACCCUAUAGUUCCUGACUGGCCAGUCGACGAGGCCUUGGUUGCAGCCAAACUUGCUCUAAAAUGUGCAGAAUUAAGACGCAAAGACAGGCCUGACUUGGGUCACGCUGUUUUGCCUGAGCUUAACAGACUGAGAGCACUAGCCGAAGAAAUCAAGCCAUCAAUUAACUUUUGCAGAAGCCAUCGACCUUCACCGAAUACUACUAUGAACAGAAAUCACUGCCACAUCCAGCGUCCAGUUGCCACAACCUCACUAUAUGAUAUUAUGAGUGAUCCAUCGCCAAAAUAUGGAUCCGAUAGCUCUGGUUUCCACAAUGAAUCUACAUACUGAAGAGGAAAAUCCAAGUCAAAAACAUUGAAAGAAGAACAUAUACAUCUCGAGAAUUAUGUCUACCCAAAGCGACGAAUUCUGUACAUUUCAACAGAGUAAUCUAUUUAUAUAUAUAUAUAUAUGCUGGUUUUUAGAGUUCAUACCAUGUUGAAACUAAACCUAUAUAUACAUCAUAAUCUAUACUAACUCUGAUCAUUGUAAAUGAAAACAACUUUUUUUUAGCAACACAAAAUAGCUUUUAUAAUGUUUGAAUGUCUUCCCCCACUCCAGACGUUAGAGAUAUCCUCUCAUUUUUUGGGGUCAGAUAUUUUUAGUAUUGCUGAGCUUAUGCUUCAAUAGGUUGAGGCAGGUUUCCCCCCACUCCAAAUCAGGUCUAAGAAUCCGAUCAAUUUUCACAAAACUCUAGAAGAAGACAAUAAGCCCACAAAGGUCGAAGGCCUGUCCCGAGCUGAAAAAGUAAUCCAUGUCAAACUGGCACAGUCAAACCAAAAUGUAAAGGAGAUUGGGGCAUUAAAGGUCAUUUUAAAGACACUUGAUACUCGCCAGAGAUCAUGUCACCGUUAUGAUCCAUCAUCAGCACCUAUAAAAAAAGAACCAAAAAAAAAAAGAGAAGGGAUCUCAUCUUUUAAUAUUGAACCUAUAGUCUAAAAAUUCUUGUACUCUCUUACCCUUUGGGUCACCACAUUUAUAUAACUUAGAAAUAUCAAUAUUAUAUAUAUUUUCUAUACAAGAUCAGCAGUUGACAUCUUUUUAUUAAUUACUUCCUCGAUACGUUAUCAUUAAUCUUAACCAUAUUUUAUGAGUGUAUUUUGAGAUCCAUCAUUUUGCGCUAGAUGGAGAGGGAGGAAUUCAACACAUAAAACCAUUGAAGAUUCCAACGUCAAAUACACACUACGAUGAUUGGCAAAAACACUUAUUAAAUUAACAUUCCCGAAGACAAAGUGCAUCAAUUCAACCCAGAAGAAACUCCAAUUACCCAAGAAUCUGGAGUGCAGCAGGCCAGUCCAGACGGAAAUCUACUCAUUCAGCCUGAACAAAUGAAGUAACCAGUUGCGCCAGUCGUCGAUUUGGACGCCUUAUUAUCCCAAGUACUUAAAAUUUACGACAUCCUCUUUUUAUUUUUGUUCAACGUGCAGGUCGGCACGACGCAGUGAGGAAACUAGCUUUGCAAUGUUUGGAAAAAUCACCUAGACCCAAGCGGAUCAGCAAGCUGGGGUCAAAAAUCUACUGGCCCGUCACCAAAACCCCCACAAAACUCCACUCUACGAGGAUGUGUAACCUCAACAUGAGUCAACAGAUCGGACAACAACAAUGGAUCAAUCCCAAACGACGAAGCAGCGAACCAAGAAGACGAGAUCGGCAACUAGUGAAAACUUAGCACGAACCCAAGCUGAUCUCCGGAUGACAUAAUCCUUGAUCCAUUGAGCCACCAGAUCGGCCUCCAAAAUGGACAAAAUCAUUGAAUAAACGAAAACACAAACAACAACACAGUUCAAAAAUCACAUCACCAGCACUCCUAACCCAAAUAUCAAGCUUAAGAUUCCACCAUACAGUGGAAAAAAAUAUCCCGAGCUCAUAUCGCGAUGACACGAACUCGCUUCAAGGAUGGAGAACAAGACGCCGACUAAUGCCAAAUUUUCAUCAAAAAUCUGCUAUGAGAAACUCUCAAUUGGUUUUCCCAAAUGGAGGCCAAUACAAUCAACAAUUUCAAUUAGGUUUCAACUGUAUUCAUGAAGCAGUACUCCAUGUUCAUAGAGAAAGGAGCUUCUGACACCGACAUGUGGACACUAUCCCAAAAGAAGGAGGAGUCGCUCUUCUCUUUCAACAGAAGUUUUAAAACUCUCAUCUCCAAUAUCAUCAUAAGCUACGGUGUGGGCGGUAUAAGCACUUCAAAAUGCCUAAUGGCACGAGUCACGCUUUCAUGACGAAAUUUUACUUACAAAACCGGCAACUCCAGCAUACGCUCUCCACCGACUUCAAGAAAUUGACGAAGAAAAAAAAGCCCUCAUCGAAAAAAUCGGGCCAAUGUUAAAAUCCAAUGAUAAGACACAUGAGAAAAAGACAUCCAACAAAAAGGAUGUGGCAGAUCAAAAAGAGACGGAAGCGCCGCCAGAGACCGGGCCGGUAAGGUCAAUGAACGAAGUAAGACAUAUCAUAGGAAUGUAUAAAGAGAAGAAGGCAAAAGAGACAGCUCCAAAAAUUUCUACAAAUUUCAUAAAAGCGAAGGACAUACCACUCAAUAAUGGUACAACUUCCGAUCUUAUCAAUAUUCAAAAUUCCAUGAAGAAAGAUUAUCACGACAUAAAGAAUCUCCUCCAAGGGGUCACAAUGACACUGACACUCCCUAGAGAGAUCGAAAACCAAACCAUUCGGACCCAGUGGAUCCACCGAACUCAAGAAAGAGUGUAAAUAUAAUAAUGGGAGGAAACCCUUUUUGCAAUGAUUAAGUACGAUAAAUCAAAGGAUACAGUAGACCAGUAGACUUCGUAUCCACAUGAGUUCGAGAAAUGAUAGAAAACGACGCAGUCAUCGAAAUUAUGGAGCAAGAAACUGAGAAUCUUGAUUAGCCACACAACAAUGCAAUGACGAUAGAGAUAAUGUUAGCAGACUGUGAAAUAACGAGAUCAUUAGUUGAUGGUGGCAGCUCGAUUCACCUGAGAAGUUUCAUUUUCAAGUUUCAUUCGUUUUGGUCACAUUACUCAGUCCACCUAAGCUUAUGUUAUGGAUUUUGUUUGUCUUUUGAUUACAAUUGUCAUUUCAAUCAAUUUGUGUUCUCAGUCUAGACAUUUUUGGUGUUUUUUUGUUCAUUAGUUUCCGUGAUGAUUAUGGGUUGGUGUUCAUACCUAUAAUGUAUACUAGGUUAAGACCCGCACAAUUAAGCGGGAUGAACAUUAUAUAUAAAAAUAAUUUUUAUAUAUUAUUAUUUAUUUGUGUUCAUUUCUGUAUUAUGUAUAUAAUUAAAUUAUAGUAAGCACAUAAAUCAAAACAACUCUUGUUUAUUUACGAUAUUUUUUGGUAAAUAAAAAAAAUUAUUUUAUUUAUUUUAUAUGGUAUAUAACUAAAUUUCAAUGACAUGGACAUAGAUAUUUAGUAUACUUUAAUAAAAAUAUUUAUUAUUGAGAAUUCAUACUCAUAUGAUAAACACAAAAUUUUUAAUGUGUGAAUUUUUCAAUUCAAAUUUUAAUACUAAAAUAUUAUUAUUUCAACAAAUUUAGAAAUUAACAUAUUUAUGUAUUUUUAUAUGUUAUCUAGUUUAAUUUUAAACUAUAUUUAUACAUAAUAUUAAUGUCUAUAAAUGAGACUCAUAUUCAUACAAUUGACGAUCAUUUGUAUCUUGUUAUUACAAAAAAGUUAAACCACAUGAUCACAAAAUUUUAGUGUGAGACAUUUAACGUUUUUAGUAAUUUAUAGUCGUUUUAAAAUUCAACAUAUAAGAAAUUUUAUUAUUAUUAUAUGGUUAAUGUGAUUGUUUAGUAUAUUUUACUAAUAUAAGAUUAAACAAAAAAUAACUAAGAUGCAAAAAUUGUUAUCAAAUAUUUAUUAUUCAUAAUCAUUAAUUGUCAUAUAUAUAUAUAUAUAUAUGUUAAUCAUAUUAGGUAAUUUCGUAGUUUUUAUUUAAGUAAAGUGCGAGAAUAUUCUUUUGUACAUUAAUUAUCAAUUUGAUAGUUAGUGUAAAAAAAUAUAAUUUAAUUUAAUAUGGACCAACCUAAUUUUCUAAGAAUUCUGAAUUUCAUUCUCAUGGUGACACGUGGCUACAAAACAAUGUUGUAAUGUUUCUCAAUUAGUAUAUAAGGGAUGUAUAUGAAAUAUCAUAAAUUUCUAUGAUUUAUCAUUGAUUACUGGAACAUGGUAAUUGCAAAGUCAGUAUCCUUGUGAUUUUCGUUGAGAAAGGUUUGACUAUAAUAUAUCGCAUAUUCAAGAUAAAUAUGAUUAUUCUAUAUUUUAAUUGUUAUAUUUAUUAUGUAAUGUAAGUGGCUCAAACCGAUCCAAAUUGACUCAAACCCUGAUGGGACUCGACAAUGUGUUCCAUGACAAGCCCAAGUCUUCUAGGUUUACUUUGUCAAACUUGUAUAAAGGGAGAAUGUGAGCUUACUUAGAAAUACUAAAAAAAAAAAAAAACAGAUAGUGAGUUGUUGUGAUUAGAUUGCUGAAGGAUUUUCAUGGUGAAGAGUCCAUCAAAGCUUACCUUGGGCAAAAGCUUACUUGGUGGGUGAUAUAGAACUAUAUAGGUUGAUAGUUUUUGCUCGCGCUUUGGUGUUGAAAUGGUUUAAGCUUUGAUCUCUUGUAUAGUCUUCGUACGUAACUGAGAUAAUGAAACUUGAGAGCUAAGUUUCUUUCUACCCGCAAAGGAGUUGGGUUACCAAAUCUUGUGUCUCGUCUCAUAAAAAAAAAAAACAUGUUAAGGUGAAUUGAUCGUUGCAUAGCUAAACAAAUAUUAUCUAUAGUAUUAAGGUUUAAGUUACUCGUAAGCAUAUAAAUUUUAUAAGUGGUAUCGGAGCAUCAUGCUAACCAAAGGAACUGUUUCAGUUUCUAACAUGUGAUUGGUACUAGCUAAAGGUGAAUCAAUUUUUUCCAAGUCUAGGGUUCUUUCAGAGAAGUAUUGAAUCACACAAAGCUACUCAAGUGAAAAUUAAAGUGGAGAACUUAGAUGGAAAAGGAGACUUUGGCAUGUGAAAAUUGAAAAUGCUUAUGCAACUUGAACAUUUGUGAUUGGACAGUGUUCUCAAUGAGGAGGAGAAUAGCUCUACAUCUGACAAAAACAUAGAAUCACCCAAAGGACAAAAGUUGUUGGAGAGAAAUGCUCAGAUGCUCUUAAUGAGGCAAAAAGUGAUCUACCAUACUCUUACGAAAUCUGGAAUACACUACAAGAAAAAUGGGUUUUAAUAGCAGAUCGGGAUAGCAUUUUUUUCGAUUGUGCUAUUGUUGACAUAUCUCUUACUUUUAGAUAGCGUUUGCGAAAAUACAAACGCUAUGUUAGGUUGGUCCGAUUUUAAUUUCUCCAAAACACUUUUCGGGCAUAGUAUACAUAGCACUUUUAGUUUUGAAACGCUAUGCAUAUCUAAAGCGGAAAAAUAAUUGAUUUUCCCUCUCGUACUUGUUUCACUUUUCCUCUUACUAUAUUUUACAUAACACUUAAGGUGAAAAAUGCUAUAAUAGCAUAUGUUUAAUAGACAUAUAUUUAAUAGCACAUAAUUAAAAAUGCUAUAUUUGUCUUUUUAAAUCCCUAAACCGUAAACGAAUUAAUAAACCCUAAACUUUAAACAUAUACUUUAAACUCAGAUAUUAAGUAUAUAGUCAAAAACUAUUUCUGUUUCAUAAAUUUAAUCUCAAUCUCAAUACCCCAAACUUUUAACUCUCAAACCCUGGGCUCAAACCCUAUACUCAAACCUUUAAACCCUUAAACUAAUUUCAUUUACUAUAAUUCUUUUAUUUAAAAUCUUUAAACUAAUUUAAGAUUACAGUUUAAAAAUUAAUCUCAAAUCUCAAUACCCCAAACUUUUGAUCCUCAAAUUCUAUUAUAUUUUAAAUUUUAAUUAUCAUGUUUAAUUCUUUAAAUUUAUGCAAUUUUUGAAGUGAAAUGAGAAGAACAAUUUGAAAUUAUCAAAUCAUAUAAUUUUUUUAUCAUAUCAGUUUUAAAUCAUAUAACCACAAAAUUCAAAUGCCAAACAUAAAUUCUCUAGUUCAUAAACUUUAAACUAUAUUUCAUAUAUCCAAAUUCUAAACCUUAAUUUUAAAUUUCAAACUUAAAUCCUCUAGUUCAUAAACUUUAAACUAUAUUUCAUAUAUCCAAAUAUAAAUCACAAAAUCAUAAAUUUUAAACGUUUUCUUAAAAUAAUUUUUAUUUUCAAAAAUAUAUCAUAAAUAUUUUUAUACUAAACACACAAAAUAAAAUAGAAAACAAUGUUAUUAAGAAAAAUAGGAAUCAAAUACAAAAAUUUGAUUGGUCAACACAAACUGGCCAAUCACAUACAAGGACUGAGAUCAUGCUUUAUGUAAUCACAACCAUUAGAUUAAACUUUUUGAAGGGUCCAGAUUAUUCCUACUUCUUCUCCUCUCUCUCUCUCUCUCUCUCUCUCUCUCUCUCUCUGUCGCUUUUGUUUUCAGAUCCAAAAAAAUUGUAAGUGUCUAGACUCACAAAACUCAUCUUCUUUCUCUCUGCAUCUUCAGUUUCUGUAAGUCACAGAUUCAUUGUCACCAUCCUCUCUGUCGCUCAGUAUCCUUCUCCUUACAGAUAAUGGAGGUCGUGAGACAACAACAGAGGAGGAGCAUCCCAUCUACUCUAUUCUCUCUCUCUCUGAACCGUGAUGCCUCCUCUCUGUCCUGUGACGAAGUGACGCCUCCUCUCUGUUCUGGUAUUCAUUCUUCUCUUUUACCCUCUGUUGUUUACUUGAUUAAUUUUUUUUGGUUUGUAAGAAGGUUUCAGAGAAAGACUAGAGCAAUAGCGUAAGCUUGGAGAAUCAGAACAGGGUGGGAGAAGACAGAGCAACGGCGCGGAGAAGACCGAGCAGCGGCGUCGGGGAAGACAGAGCAGGGGCGGCGUUGGGGUAGACAGAGAUGGUCGCGAGCAGAGAUGGUCGUGCGGCGGGUGAGGACUGGAAGAUGAAGAAGGCAACAAAGGUCAUGGCUUGAUAAGACGGCGAAGAUCAUGGAAGAACACGACAACGAAGGUGGUGGUGCGACGGGUGAGAGUUGGAAGAUGAAGAAACGACGAAGGUGGUGGUGUUGGGGUGGCGCUUAGUUAGUACUAAUUAGGUUAAAGCUUGGUUUAGUUAGUAAUUAGGUUAAAGUUUUUGGUUUAUUAUUUAAUUAGAUUUUUUUUUAUAUUUUUGUAAUCCAAUUUUGCUACAGAUCAAUAUUAAUAAAGAAAUUUUAAAUAUCUGAAUUAAUUUUAAAUUUUAAUUAUGCUUUUAUUUUUAAAUUAUUAACUGAAAAAUAAUUCUAAAAUAAAUAAUUAACAAAAUAUAAUUUACAAUAUAUAGCAGAAACAAAUUGCUAUAGUAGUUUUAACAAUAACAAAUCAAAAACGCUGUUAAUAAAAUAAAUAAUAGCAUUAAAGACAUGCUAUUAAAAUUUAUUUAAUUGCAUAUUGAAAAGCGCUAUCGUAGCGGAAGAAAAAAUAGCAACGCUAAAAACCGCUAUGUAAUGUCAUUUACCUAUUAUGACGGGCGAUGAUACAGCGCUUCAAAAACUGCUAUCGUAUCGUUACAUAGCGUUAUUCGUCCGCUAUAAAAACACAUUUUUCUUGUAGUGAUAUUCUUAUCUAUUCUGAUACUCUUCACCUUGAUGGGCAAAGUCGAAAGUACCCCUCUCUACUUGACCAAUCAAAACUCCUCUCUACUUGACCAAUCAAAACGCUCCUCUACUUGACUAAUCAAAAAAAAUAAAAAAAAGCGCGCGAUUUCUCUCUCUCUCUCUCCUAUCCAGGUGGAUUUUCUUUUUAGUUUUAAUUUUUCUCUCUCCUCCCCAAUUCUUCUCCAGUUUGGCUGCGAGCGAUGAGGAGAGAAUUUGCGAGCGAUCCUUCAAUUGUAAAGGAGACUGCGGCUCGCUUGGAUGCGAGUGCUGAUCAUUGUGAAAUUGAUCCCCAACCCAGGUCAAAUAAACUUCAGGUAAAGCAUUAUCUUGGUAUGUUUCUUAUAACCCCAUCAUAGUAGAGUCGAAUGGAAUGCUGCUCGUUUGGUUGGGAUUGUUAGACAGUACAGUAGAUUUCGAAUAUUCAAUUAGAGGAGAACGGGGAAGUUUGGGAGUUGAAUUAUCAACAAGAAAUGUCGGGAAUCAAAGCUGAAUUACGGAAUGAAUAGGGUGAAACUGAUAGACUAUAGUGUAAUUAGGUGAAACUUUACUCUUGAUAAAAAUGUGUAAAAAGGUAUAACUUAGUAUUACUUCAAUAGUAAAACUGUAUAACUAAGAUUAACUUUAGUUGUAUAACUAGAUUUUCACCCGCGCUUAAAAAGCGCGGGUCUAUUUUUGAAAUUAAAUAAAUUAUUUUUAUAUAAUUUAUAUAUAAGAUAAUGUAUAGAUUUGGGUACAUUUACCCGGAUGCACUAAAUCGUAUCAAACUGAAAAAAACACAAAAUUAAACUGAAUUUCAUAAAUAACCGAGCAUAUCAUAUAUCUUUGAAUAGUAUCCGAAUUAAGGAUCAAAUGAGUACUUAAAAUUUUAAAAUACAAAUAAUAUACCCUAUUAAACAUAACUAAACCAUUAAAAGUACUAUUAAUGGAACUAUAUGUGGUAAUGAUCACUUCAUGUGUAAACAUGUGAAUAAUUUGUCAUAUAUUUAUAAAAAUUUAUUGUUAGAGUAAUUAUGUAAUAAAUUAUGAGAGAAUAAUAAAUGAGUUCAUUUAAAUUAUGUAAACUAUUUAUAUACUUAAAGAAAUAUAAAGUAAGACCAAAUAAAUAGUUAAGUCUAAUGAAUUGGCCUAACAACUUUGUUUAAGUAGAUUUUUUUAGAUUCCUUCUCUUUUAAUAGUAUUGAUUUUUAUUUGGUACAACAGAUAAUGGGUUAUUCUUCUACAAAUAUACACUUUGACUAUGAUGGACAUUAUGCGAAAUCUGGAGAUGAUUAUGAAUGGAUUCCAAGCGACGGUCGUUUGUAUGGAAUAUCUUUUAAGACAUCAUCAUUGGAUGAGAUCACUUAUUCAUUUUUGAAGGAGAGGAUAUGCAAGAAGAAGAGCAUAGAUCCGUGUUUAAAGAGGCUGAAUCUGAGUUACAUUCCACUGGUAGUAGAACCUAAGAGGCAAUCAUAUAUUUUGGAUGAUGAAGAUGUGUUUGUGUAUCUGACAUCAGUGGAUAAAGAGGGAAGAAGAAGUAUUUUGCAUGUAGAGGUCAUCGAAGAAAUGGAAAUGGUUCCAGUAAUAGAGCAACAAGCAGUAGUUGAGAAAGAAAGCUCAUAUGGUGGGAACUAUAGUGAGGUUGCGAGUGGAUUACCCGAAGUUGAAGGUAAUCCGGAUGCACUCACACUAUUUACUUGCAUUGAAGAAGCAGAACUAUAUCUACUGGGGGCUGAACGGGUGGAGAAUGUUGUUAAUGGAGAAGCCGAGGAAGGGAGCAAAGCCGAGGAAGGGGGCAAAGCCGAGGAAGGAGGCAUUGGCUUGGACAAUAGCGUGGACAAUGAGGGCGACGUGGAUAACUCUAUGGGUGUUCGUCCUAUUUGGGACUAUGUUGAGCUCCCACGUGUUGCAAAAGAAAUUACAGUGGUUAAAGAGUGGGAAGAUGGUUUGGGUAUAGAGGUAUUUCAAGAAUUUCCGUGUAAAGAAGCUGUGAAAGAUAUUAUUGAUAGAGCAUCACAGGAGAACUGUUUCGGAAUCAGUAUCUCCAACUCGGACAGGAGUCGAUAUGUGGUGAAAUGUCGGGGAGCAGCUGAAGGUUGUAAAUGGGGUGUGAGAGCUACAAAGAUAAAUAAUUCUGAAGCGUUCUCGAUUAGAACAUAAAUGAAGAUGCAUUCAUGCUCUCGCGCAACUUCAAGUACUGGAGUCAAAAGGAAAAUUACACCAAGAUGUGUUGUAGCUAUAGUGCAUAAGGAUUAUCCGGGACUAUAUGAGACACCAACUGCGAAAACCCUGGUCAGUCUGGUGGAAAGGAAAUUGGGUGUGGAAGUGUCAUAUACGACAUGUUUGAGAGGAAAAAAUCAAGCUGUUGCGGAUUUGCGUGAUGAUCCCGAGAAAGGAUACAAAAUAUUGCCUUCUUAUUUGUAUAUGUUAGAGAAGGUGAACCCGGAUACCAAAAUAAGUUUGUUACUGGAUGAACACAAAAAUACCUAUUUGUCGCGUUGGGAGCCUCCAUUGAAGGGUUUGAAUACAUGAGGAAAGUCAUCACUGUGGAUGCAACUUUCCUGAAGACUGUUGAAGGUGGUUGUUUAGUUAUUGCCACGGCUCAGGAUCCAAACUUUCACCAUUAUCCAAUAGUAUUUGCUGUCGUUGAUGGGGAGAAAAAAGAAAGUUGGAAUUGGUUUUUUACGACGCUAAAAACUGUUAUACCGGAUUCGACGGAAUUGGUGUUUGUUUCAGACAGAAAUGAAAGUUUGAUAAAAGCUAUUGCUGAAGUAUAUCUGAUGUCUAAACAUGGGUAUUGUAUCUGGCAUCUAUCGCACAAUGUGAAAGUUCAUGUCAGACAAGGCAGGGACGAGGUAGCAGUACAAUUCAGAAAAAUUACAUGUCUUUAUUUAGAGGCUGAGUUUGAAAAGCAGUAUGAAGAUUUUAGGGAGAUGUAUCCAUCGUGUGCUAGGUAUCUUGAUAAAAGUGUCGAUGUCAAAAAGUGGGCGAAGUGUCAUUUCCCCGGUGCAAGGUACAACAUAGACACCUCUAAUUGUGCGGAGUCUUUGAAUGCGCUAUUUGAAAAGGCGCAGUCUUUAUUGCCUAUGCUUGAUACAGUUAUUGACAAAAUGGUUGAGUGGUUCAACAGACAUAGGAAGGAUGCAGCAGCCGGACCGUCGUCUCGAAAAUUGGUGCCUUUAGUGGAGAACAAAAUCCAUGACAGAGUACCGAAAGGUUCAAGAGUAAAAGUAACUCCGCUAAACACAUUUCAGCUUGAAUACAGUGUUAUUGGAGCAGACGGGAAGACUUAUUUGGUGGAUUUGCACAAGAAAACGUGCAGUUGCAGGAAGUUUGAUAUAGAUAAAUAUCCAUGUAGACAUGCAAUAGGCGUUGUCAUUAAGUGUUUGAGGCAUGAUAAACCAAUAGAGUGGAGUGACAUGUAUGAUUUCAUCUCGCAUUAUUACUUCAUUACAGUGUGGGCUUUGGCGUAUAGAAGGACUGUAUAUCCAGUCCCUCAUAUGUCUGAUUGGAUGGUUCCUAAAAAAGUCGCGGAUAAGUGUCCCUUACCUCCAGAGUACGAGAAAAGAAAGGGAAGACAUCAGGAAAAAAGAUUUCCUUUGGCAGGAGAAAGUCGGCCCUGUCCCCGUCGUAAUAAGUAUAUCCCGAAUAGGAAAUUGGCUAGCUAUUUCAACUGCUCGCAGGGAACUCAAGGAAUAGAAGGAUCACAAGGAACACAAGGGACUCAAGGGACUCAAAGGACUCAAGGAAUACAAGGGACUCAAGGAACACAAGGAACUCAAGGAACACAAGGGACUCAAGGAUCACAAGGGACUCAAGGAACACAAGGGACUCAAGGAACACAAAGAACUCAAGGAACACAAGGGACUCAAGGAUCACAAGGCACUUAAGGAACACAGGGAAAUCAAGGAAAACUGAUGGGGAAGAGGAGUUGAUUGUGAGUUAAAUCUUUGAAAACUUUGUGAAAACAUGCGUUAAAUGAAUGUAAAACUUUGUGAAACCUGAUUAAAGUUAUUGCGAAUGAUGUUUAUACAACAUGGUUAAACUUGUGUUAUGUUAUUGUUGAUUUGGAGUAAUUGAUGAUUUAGAUUACAAUUGCGAUUACAUAACUUAUUCAUGUUUCAGGAAGAUGACGUAACUUACUCAUCAUAUAUAUUCUGAAAUCCGGAUCACGUGGAGUAAAAAUUUUUAUAAUCUGGAUCACAUUUUCUAUCAAUUGGAAAGGGAAUACAUCAUUAUUAGGUGUGUUUUUUGUAUACACUACCUCGUGGGAUUAGAAAAGUUACAUAUUUCACCAAAUCAAUUUUUCUUCUACAUUAGCACAUCUCACACGUUGAUAGAAAAUAGAAUAUAGCUGGUAUAACCAUAAAAUUAAUCAUCUAAGUACAGUAAAACAAAAAAAACGCAAAAAACAGAAAAGUAAAGCUUUAAAGGUUUUUGUAUAGCUACAAACUAAGUGAAACUCGAAGCACGAAAAUCCUUUACAAAUUUUCCCACCCAUUUUUUUCGAAUUUUGACUUUCCCCAAAAUCGAUGGUGAGUUGAUGUAGACGUGUAUUAAACCCAUUGUUUUUCUGUUUCCUCCAUUAUCUCGUACGAAUCUCUCUCUCUACUAUUCAAUCUCUCUCUAGAUUAAAAAACUCCUAGAUUUCUCGAUAACUCAGAAUCAUGAAUCAUCCAGACGAGGAGUAUAGGCAGAUGAAUGCUUAGAAGAGAGACAUCAACAUGCUUGGCUUCAUGGCGGAUGCCCAUUGUGGGAUUUCGACCAGAUGCCCGUGUGGGGGGGGGGGGGGGGCGGACAAUCAUCAAUGAGGUGUCUCGGGACCCGAAGUAUCCAACCGAUUUUGAUACUUUACCGGGGAGAAAAUACUUCACUUGCAAAAAUUUUGAGGUACUCGUAAUUUAUGGAUACUUUCGGGUUUUAUGUGCAGUUUUUGAUACUUUCCCGUUUUACGUGUAGAAUGAUGGCUUCCUUUUCCGUCAACCAUGGGUCUUCGGAGUCCAGGAAGAGGUUGAAAGGUUAAGCAAGCGUGUGGAUGCGAUGGCUGCAGAGAUUUCUGAACUGAAGUAUAAUCUUUUCCGUCUGAAUCCCACCACUCCAUGAGAUGCGGCCGGUCCAUGACAUUAGUCUACUAUAUGUUGUUGUUGUUGUUUGUUUGAAAUUCUGUUAGCUUUCGGAUGAUGUGAGAUUCGGAUUAUGUUCCUCUUUUAUCCAAUCUCUAUCUUAUGUAUUUAUGUUCACGACGUUAGACUAAGUUGAAUGUGAAACUUACUAAAGUUUCCCGUACUCUCUCUCAUUCACGAUUUAAGAAUUACGUUAGAUUCACGAAGUUAGACUAAGUUGAAAGUGAAAUUUACUAAAGUUUCCCCUACUAUCUCUCAUUCGCGAUUUAAGAAUUACGUUAGAUUUACGAAGUUAGACUAAGUUGAAAGUGAAACUUACUAAAGUUUCCCCUACUCUCUCUCAUUCACGAUUUAAGAAUUACGUUAGAUUUACGAAGUUAGACUAAGUUAAAAGUGAAACUUACUAAAGUUUCCCCUACUCUCUCUCAUUCACGAUUUAAGAAUUACGUUAGAUUUACGAAGUUAUACUAAGUUAAAAGUGAAACUUACUAAAGUUUCCCCUACUCUCUCUCAUUCACGAUUUAAGAAUUACGUUAGAUUUACGAAGUUAGACUAAGUUGAAAGUGAAACUUGCUAAAGUUACCCCUACUCUCUCUCAUUCACGAUUUAAGAAUUACGUUAGAUUUACGAAGUUAUAGAUAACAUAAGUCUUAAAUACCAUAAGUCUUCAACAACAACAAGAAAGUCAUACUGGAAUUCAAAGUCAUACAAACCGAAUAGAGUUCAACCACAUUAAAACUAACACAUACGGAUUUCACUCCGUCUUCUUAACUACCUCCGUCUUCGAUUUCUUCUGCUUCUUCUGAUUCUUCUGGGCUGUGUCCUCCUCAGCUGGUGCCUUCUCAGCUGGUGCCUUCUUAGCUGCCUCCUUCUCAGCUGGUGCCUUCUUAGCUGCCUCCUUCUCAGCUAGUGUCUUCUUAGCUGGUGCCUUCUUAGCUGCCUCCUUCGUCUUCUGCUUCUUCUGCUUCUUUGGACCUGUGGUCCUCUUCUCUUCUGCCUCCUCCGCUGCCAUGCUUCUUGUAUUAAUGGGACUCCUCACAUUUUCGCAAACCUUUGCCUUUUUCAAUGGAACUGCUUCGUUUCCAUCAUCUUUUAUCGACCUCUUUUUCUUCGUCUUUAUAGUCCUUGCCUUCUCAGUCUAUGCCUUAUCCUUUAAAUUUCUCUCGACCUCGUCAGCAUGUGCAUACAUCUCUGUAUCAUCAUCAUCCAUGUCAACAUCACCAAUACCAUCACCAUCACCAUCACCAUCACCAUCAUCUCUCUCCGACUCCUUAUCACCACCAUCAUCUCUCGCCGACUCCUUAUCACAACCAUCAUCAGUCUCCGACUCCUUAUCACCACCAUCCUCUUCCUCCGACUCCUUCUUGUCAUUACCAUCAUCUUGGUCCGACGGAUUGUCACUACCACUCAACCUAAGCCUUUUCACUUCCUCUUCUACAAGAUUUAGCUGGUUAGACAAUGAAGUGACUUUUUUGUUCACUUCCUUCAUAGCAUCUCGGACUGCAUCUCGGACUGCAUUCAGAAGCCGACCUUCCAUCGUUUUUAAAGCCUUAGCUCCAGUAGCCUCUACCGAAUUUGCAUGAGCUUGACCAGAUUCUGCAUUAUUCGAUGGUCCUCUGAUAGCAUUGGUGGGACCUUCAAUCUUAGCUGUACAAGCCUCAAUAUCGAUGUCGAACUGCUCUUCAAAGAAAACUUGUUUCUUUCCUUUCCGUAUUUUCUUCGUCCAACAAUCAACUGCUACAUCAUCGGCAUCAUCGGCCCAACAACUUUCCUUGUCCAUCCCUAUGGUUUUCAGAAGUUCCUUCUCAGCUGCUGUUGCUAUCAAGAUACUCUCAAUAUCCUGUGGCAAAAACACAUAAAACAAUAAUUUCCUUAGUUUCACCAAGUUUUCAUAAGUCUCAUAAGUCCCUUCUCCUUAAGUCGACGAGAUUCUAAUUCGAGUACACAUAAAACAUCAAUUAUCUUUGCAUUAUUACUAAGUUUAUCGUUCACAACAUUCAGACUGAAUUCCUUGGUUCCACUUUUGCGUUUGUAUUGCAUCUUGCACACCCGCGGGCAACCACUGCGUGCACCACUCACAUUUUCUCGGAAAUGGUUCCUCAAGCUUAGAAUUGCCUCAAAGGCCAACAACUACGAACACACAACAAAAAGACAUUAACAUCAAUUAAACAAUAACACAACUAAGUAGAAGAGAGCUUAAGAAUACCUCCAAAGGGAUAGGAAAGCUUGUAAAAACCCAACUCGUCGGUGCAACCCCGUUGCAUUUCUCCAAGAAGCUAAAGACAUCCUUCAAGUUAUGUUCGAAUGCAUACCGUCCCAAGGGAACGUUACACACGCAUCUAGGUCAUCAACAAUAGUCACGAAGAAACUGUCCACAGGUGAUGCUCUCUCACCACUCUUUCGGCCACCAACGAGGAUGAUGGCUAAGAAGUACAUAGCGGACAUCUUCUUACGAUCCUCAGAUGGCUUUGAUUUCAUUGUCAACAUCUUCUCUUCCAGGGCAGCGUAUGUUACCUUUUUCCCUCCAAAAUACUUGUUCAUGAAUGUUGUACCACCCAACCUCUCAUGGUUGGGGGGAUACUCAAGGCAGUAUAGUCUAGAAAUGAGUCCUAAUUCUCUAAGAGAGUAUCGGAUUGGGACGCCAUUAAUGACAAACCAUAACUCAUACUUCUUGGCGGAACAAGCUGAUCGCAAAACGAGAACCCACAUUCCCAUCCACUUCUGCUUUCGGUUUUUAAUAUGGAAGAAAUGUUGGAACUGUGGGUGCUCUAUGAACCAUUCCACCUCCUUCUCUUUCAGGAUCGUUUGUAUAUUACUUAUCGCCGUGUCAAUGUAACAUUUUCCUGAAAGCUUUAAAGACUUUUGAUACUGGCUCGGAGGAAAGUGAAACUUCAGCGGUUGCAUGCCUUCUUCUUCGUCAUCUACAAACUGCACUCAAGUGAAAACCGGAUCACGUACGACAUCUUACAACAAUCAACAUAUAGUUUCACAGACUUGGACUUAGUUCAGCAAUCACUCACUUGAAGUUUUUCUUGGUUUCACAAAGUUCGUACAUAUAUAUUGUUGCAGUUCAACCAUUACAAGUUUCACUUUGUUUCUCAAAACUACACUAACUUCAAAUUCCACUUAGUUUUCCACACUUAUCUAAUCUUUCAAAUCAUCUACUCGAAAAGUUUUCAAUUUGAAUACUUACCGCUGCAUGCGACUCAGUUUCAUGUUGUCGUACCAAUUGGAUCGCCCUUUCAUCAGCUUCUUCGUCGUUUCUUCGGGGCUCCAUUUCCUCUUCCCCUUCUUUGGGCUCAUUCUCUUCUUCUCCGGCUUCCUUCACUUUUUCUCCUUCGUCUCCGACUUCCUUCUCUUUUUCUCCUUCGUCUACUUCUCUUGAUUCCUCCCCUUCAUCUUUCUUACUUGAUUCCUCCUCUUCCCCUUUCCCACUUGCAUUUUCUUCGCUUUCAUCUGCAUCUCGGGGACUUUGGUCGGUUCCCGGGGCGACAGAUUUGUCGAUGGUCCUUCGGUUUGCUUCAUCUCCGGAGAAUGUAACCAUAGCGGUGUCAUCUCCUCCUACACUACUCGAGCCGUCUUCUUUUGCCUUCGGAUCGUCUCGAUUCAACAUGAUUUGGGUUUUGAUUGUCGAUUGAGGAUUCACGAUUGAGUAGGGUUUUCAGACUUGUGGAGAGCGAGACUUGUGCGAAGAAACAGUGAAGAGACUCUGUAAGGGGGAGAGAGAUUCGAGGGGAAUUCAAUUUCUGGAAGUGGGUAUCUGAAUGUUUUGGGUCGGUUCUGGAUAGUCCAUAGGUAAAGUUGUAAUCAUCUAAGUUUCUCUUGGUUUCGUUGUCUUUUACUAAAUUUUUGUAUUUAAAUAAAGAUCUAUUAAUUUCCAAAUCCGGUCAGUUUUGGGUAGGAGUAUCCCAGCUCUUUUUUUCGGGCAGGAGUAUCUGAGCGUUUGAUUCAAGUCGUUGGGAUGAAAAUCCAUCUUAGUGAUAUAACCGCCUAAAAUCACUCAAAAUGUAUCGUUUAUGAGAAUGAGCCAAAACAUUGAGAUAAAAAUUCCGCAUACAUGGGGUGGACGUAAACAACGAUUCAUCAGAAUUGGAAUAAAUCUCGUAUACGUCUUCCUGGAAAGUUAAUAAACUAAUUUCUGAUCAAUGAAGAAUUAUUCAUAAAAAUAUUCCUCCCAAAAAUUUAAUGAGAAAACAAAAAGAACUAAACAUUAUUUUACAAGACAAACUUUCGUAAAACAAACUUUAGAAUUUUUUAGAGAACAUCUUUCAUAAAACAAAACUAAACAGGUUUCUACGAAACAAUUUUGCGUACGCCGUGCCAACUUGAACAAAGAUACAUAGAACAAUCUCUGUAUAUUUCUUCCCGGAAAAAAAAUAAAGAGAUUACUGUCCAAAUAAGAACUUUCCAGAAAAAACAUUGUUUUGGAAGAUUUUUACGAAAAAGACAGCAUUUUGAAACAAUUAUCAGUGAAACUAACUUCUGGUAAUUUUUAUGGAAAACCUUUCUUAAGACAAAACAAAAAAGUUUUAUAAAAUAAUCUUCCAUAAAACUAAUUGUGGAUGUGUAAGCGUUGUAACCUAAUGGUUAAGGUUUAAAGACUUCUACACAUAGGUCCGGGGUUCAAACCCCAGACUAUGCAAUUUCAUGCAGAUAACAGGAAAUUCAGGUUUCAAGUCCCGCACAGAGGGUUUACAAGGAAUCUUCAACACGGUGCAAGUAAAUCUGGUCAGAAAUAGAUCUUCAUAAGACGGCUCAUAUGAUAUAGUUAGGCGUAGAUCUCCAUAAGGCAGAUAGUAUUGUCGGUUGUCGAAUCGUCUAUGUAAUAUUUCUUAUAAAUGUAAUGUCAUAAUAAAUCAGCUUUAUAAAAAAAAAAAACUAAUUGUGCAAGUUUAUAGAAAUUUCUUUUUGUCUCCUUCCAGUUUUUGGCGGACUGGGCCUUCUUUAUUUGUUAGCUUUUAACUUGAAAAUGAUUCUAUUAAAAUCAGGCCGGGCAUUGAUAGAGGUGCGAAGCCCACCUCCAACAGGACUUUCAUGUCUUUCUUUGGUAUUUUUCCUCGGCAAGAGCAUCAUGAUCAAAGUGUUGACUGUCCCCAUCAGUUAGAAAUACUUCCUCAGCAUGAUAAACCACUUGGAGUUUAUCAAAAUCCAGUUUAGCAGUAUCUCUCGGAGCAUCCUUAUGAGCUCGCCUGAAUAUUUACCAGAGUAGAACCGCCAUACAGAUCUCGAUCUGGCCUUGAGAAAAUAACUAUUUCCUUCCCUUUUCCCAACCAUUUAUGGAUCGACGAUAUUUUAAGUGAGGAACAAAUGAAGAACAAGAAGCAAAUCGGAGGAAUCAAACAACCUAUGGUGGCAGAUCGGAAAAUAAAAAUAUAAAGGAGAGUUUGAGAAAGAGUACCUUUUAAACGCGGAGAGAAGUGAAGUAAUGAGGACGAGAUCCUCUAUUUAUAGUGAAAUGGAGUGAUUUCCAAAACGGGAUCAUCAUUAGGUCUAUAUACCCUAAAAACGGUGGUACAAUUCCCGCCUUUCUAGGAGCAACGAUUCCACAUCCUGGAGAAAAUUGUUGCUCGGUUUGUACUAAAUUGAUUUCAAUCAAACCAAAUUAGCUUGGUUUGGUACUGUGUUGAACCAUGGAGCCUUCAGUAUACCAGACUGUGAAAGAUGUUGAUUAAGUUCAUUUAACUGGGAAGACGUUGUCGAGUUCUUUAUUUUUAGGACUCAAUUCCUACAAAUUCAUUGAGAUCGUUUGUGCCGCUCACAUGUGAACUGGGGAAACUUAAAGUUGGAGAUUGAUUACAUCCCUCAGAUAAGGCCUACCAAAUUAAUUGAUCAACUCGGUCCAAUUGACGAUAGUCGGCUAGGGUUACACCGACUAAGAUAGAAAAGGGUAAAGACGCCGAGUGUAUAAGGAGAAGGCAUAGUGACGAGAGAGAUUCAUUUGAAACACACGCAGCUUGGCAUUAACCAGGGUCUAUACUUCAGUUUGUUCUUGCCGAUUUGACUCAAUCUAUAAAGUCUGAUCGUCUCUUCUAAUUGUAAUCGCUUCUUUUAUCUUUAGUAAGACGAUUUUCAAAUAAUCUACCAUUCAAUUUGAGCAUACCUUUGGUACUUAGUAAAUUACGAUUAAACAUUGUCUUGGGAAUUCUUUUGUUUUGUGUAAGUUUCAGGUUCUAUAUAUUUUCAACACUAAUGUCGGUUAUGUUUGUUUCUUAUUCUUAUCAACAGUACUA